AUGGAUAUUACUGUUAUUAUGGUUAUUAUUAUUUAUCGUUACUAUUAUUUACGAAAAGGACGUAGUGGAAACUAUCGACAAAGGAAAACUACGCGGGAUAGUUGUGAUGCAAUGCGCAGUCACAACCCUCUGGUAAGAGCGAUAUCAGACAUAUCAGUCCGAAAUCCGAUUAGCGAAAGAGCCUUGGGAACACCUAAAACGGGAUGGAAAGAUACAGUAAAGGAUGUUGAAGAAUUAGAAGGUGGAACACACUGGAAGUAUUUGGCAACGAAUAGAAAUGGCCGGAGAAUCGGUUGUGAGAAGGGACGAUCCUAG